GGACACAGUCCAAUAUGAACAUGCGAUCGCAGUGCCGAUCGUCCUCAGUGCACUACUGGCGCGGGCAUUAGGCGAAAACCCUACCACGGCCGCCAUAACAGCCUUCAUAGCGAUUGUAGCCAUGGAGAUUCAUCAGCUAUGCUACUGGCUGCGUCGCCUGGCACGAGCAGCAGAAUGCUAUGGCGAAGCAGAAGAAGCCGUAAUGGCACUAACCUACGCAGGACCACCGAGCCUGGAAGGGCCCUACUCCGAAGCACUCUCAACAGGCAACAUCACUCCACACUAAUGACUUACCAGACAUCAACUAAACGAUAAAGAGUCCUCCCAUUAACUACUAACUAGUUGUGCUGAAAAUGAUUUACAAACAACGAGUACAUCCCACCUUGCAACAAUGACUUCCGAAUCCUCUUCAAUCAUACCAAACUAAACAAAUCGCCAGGUCUUUACGUCGCCCCGAGAUUUGCCAAGCUGAAAGUUGAGAUGGAAGAAGCAGAUCAAAGAAGAAGAAGCACAACAGAAGGAGGAGCAAAGGAGAAAGCGCAAUAAGCUAUCAACUGGCAACUGUGUCCCCGGCUUAAAGUACCUAACGGUGAGAUGACGCAUUGAAGAGAUGCAUUGUAGAAGUGAAGCAGCAAGUCACAAGGGAUAAUGCAACUGGUGUGUAAAACAACUCUCAUGAAGAACUGAGGCAAACUCUCCUCCAGCUAAAACUCACCGUUACUUGCACGAGUGCUGCACUCAUACAUGCAUGAUCUCGAACGCGCAUCACAAUCCCACCUACACUCGUUGACAACUAGUUCUUCUUGUCUUAACGACUUCAACGCG